GAAUACUGUGCUGACGCGCUGAACUUGUACCUGUUUACCGACAUGCUCCCAGGUGGUGACUUGCUGGAUAUCGUGGAGGGAUCUUACAACAAGAAGCGGCGAAUCGAGGAAAAUUGGGUGCGGGAUGUCUUUCGCCAGGCGGCUGAAGGAGUCGCCUACUGCCACGCCAAAGGCGUCAUGCACAAGGACUUGAAGCUGGAAAACAUCAUGCUGGCCUCGGUCCAACCACCGGAGGCGGUGGUCAUCGAUGUGGGCCUCGCAGAGCUUUUCCCACCCUCCGAAGCUGACUCCUUUAGCUCCGCGGACCCUGCUGGCACGCUGGCGACCAUGGCUCCUGAAGUGAUCCGCGGGAACUUCAACGCGAAGUGCGACGUCUGGUCUCUAGGCUGCUGUCUCUACGCACUGCUCUGCCGAAAGCCUCUGCGGCUUGAGGAUGUAAAGGGCGAAGGAAAAGGCGAAGUGGAGCUGUACGAUUACUUCUAUCCGUUCUCUCCGCCCCCGGAUGAGUCCCGUCCGGAGCUGAAAGCAUACAUCGCGCGGCAGAAGGAAGGCCCAGACUUCACCAGGCUCGAGUGCUCCGAAGAUGUGCGAAGCCUCCUGACGCUGCUGCUCACCUACGACAAGGAGCCUCGGCCCUCGAUGCAGAAAGUGCUUGGUCAUCAGUGGCUGGAGCUAUCCAGAACCUCCAGCCGCUUCUCGAAGCACCAACUUGAGAGCUUGUUGCAGUUCCAUCGAAUCAACCCGCUGGCUCAGGCCGUCCUGUUGGACCUUGCCUCCCAGCUUCCGCUGAAGCAGCUGCGCGAGAUGUCAAGUCUCUUCGAGUCCAUGGACAAAGACGGGAAUGGCAUGCUCGAUCAGGCGGAGUUGGCCGAGGGCCUGCGGCUGGGAGGAUUGGCACCCGCAGCAGCAGCAGACACGGCCGAGCGCUUGGCCAAGGGUGCAGGCGGUUGUGUCGAGUUCUCGCGUUUCGUGGCUGCGCUCGCGCCGUCCUGCCAGGAGCUCAUAGACGACGAGCACCUGCGCAGCAGCUUCAAUCGCUUAGACGCCAACGGCGAUGGCUAUGUGAGUCGGUGUGAGCUCCAGCGGCUCUUAGAGCGAGGAUCCAAGGCGUCCUCCACGCCAGAGGACAAGGUCGAUGCCAAUCGGCGCGAGAAGGCCGCGCAGUCUGCACAGAAGGCUUUCGAUGCAAUUAGUGGAGAAGGGCGGCAGCGCGUCUCCUUUGAGUCCUUCCGGAGACAUCUUGGAAGCUUUGUGGCCUGA